AUAUGCCUAAUUGAAUUGAUCCAUAAGCAACCCAAUACUCAACCGCACACCCAAAUUCCGACAUUCUUCAUCUUCUCCGCCCGGAAGAAAUCUGAAUAUGAUGAGUCUUCUCACACCCUUCAUCUUCUUCUUCUUUAUCCUUUCUUUCUUUAACGCAUCAACCCCAUCCCCCGUCUCCAUCUCCGUAACCCCCACCGUCCUCCGAAGAUCCGGCGACUCGAUACUCAUCCAAUGGUCCGGUAUCGCCUCCCCCUCGAAGCUCGACUGGCUCGGGAUUUACUCGCCCCCGAACUCGUCCAACGACACUUUCAUCGGCUACACCUUCCUGUCGUCCUCCCCGAAUUGGCGUUCUGGGUCGGGCUCCAUCUCCCUCCCCCUGGUCAACCUUCGAUCCAACUACUCCUUCCGGAUCUUCAGCUGGCUUGAGUCCGAAGUCGACCCGCACCGCCUCGAUCACGACCACAAUCCCUUGCCCGGUACGGCCCACUUGCUGGCUGAAUCCGAGAGAGUCGGGUUUGGGCCGGGACGCGGACCGGAGCAGAUUCACCUGGCGUUCACGGAUAACGAAGACGAGAUGCGGGUCAUGUUCUUGACGGAGAAUGGUAGGGAGAGGCAGUACGUGAGGUAUGGGGAGAGAGAAAAUCGGCUUGGUCACAUGGCGAUCACACGUGUUGGGAGGUACGAGAGGGAGGACAUGUGCGAGUCCCCAGCCAAUGAGAGUAUCGGGUGGAGAGACCCUGGGUGGAUCCAUGAUGGGGUUAUGAGGAACUUGAAGAAAGGAGCCAGGUAUUAUUAUCAGGUUGGAAGUGACUCUGGAGGUUGGAGUGCAACUCACAGCUUCAUGUCACGGAAUGGAGACUCUGAUGAAACAGUAGCUUUCCUGUUCGGUGACAUGGGAACGGCUACACCAUACUCAACAUUUCUCCGUACGCAAGAGGAAAGCAUAGCAACCAUGAAAUGGAUCCUCCGUGAUGUUAAUGCUCUGGGGGACAAGCCUGCAUUUGUGUCACAUAUUGGUGACAUCAGCUAUGCAAGAGGAUAUGCAUGGUUGUGGGACCAGUUUUUCACGCAGAUUGAACCUGUUGCAUCCAAAGUAGCAUACCAUGUGUGCAUUGGUAAUCAUGAGUACAACUGGCCGUCACAGCCUUGGAGACCUCAGUGGUCUGAGAGGAUUUAUGGAACAGAUGGGGGUGGUGAAUGCGGCAUACCUUAUAGCCUUAAGUUCAACAUGCCUGGGAACUCUUCAGAACCAACUGGAACCCGAGCUCCAGCCACAAGGAACCUUUACUACUCAUUUGAUAUGGCAGUACAUUUCGUGUACAUGUCAACUGAGACCAAUUUCCUUCCAGGGAGCAACCAAUAUAACUUUAUAAAGCAUGACUUGGAGUCAGUUGAUCGAAAAAAGACCCCUUUUGUGGUAGUCCAAGGCCACCGACCCAUGUACACAACAAGCAAUGAAGGGAGGGAUGCCCCAUUGAGGGAGAGGAUGCUUGAGCACUUGGAACCCUUGUUCGUGAAAAACAAGGUGACCCUUGCAUUGUGGGGUCAUGUCCAUAGAUAUGAGAGGUUUUGUCCAGUGAAUAACUUUACUUGUGGAAGCAUGGGCCUGAAUGGGAAGAACUGGGAGGCAUUUCCUGUCCAUGUUGUGAUUGGGAUGGCAGGGCAAGACUGGCAACCCAUAUGGGAACCUAGAUCUAACCACCCAAAUGACCCAAUAUUCCCACAACCAAAGAACUCUCUGUACCGUGGGGGUGAGUUUGGGUAUACUAGAUUGGUUGCUACUAAGGAGAAGCUUACGCUUUCUUAUGUUGGGAACCAUGAUGGGGAGGUGCAUGAUACAGUCGAGAUUCUAGCAUCUGGAGAAGUCCUCAGUGGCUAUGGUGCUGCUGGUGUUGAUGGUGUUUUGGUUCAGUCCACCUUCUCAUGGUAUGUUAAGGGAGCGAGCGUGUUAGUGCUUGGGGCUUUUGUAGGUUACGUUCUUGGUUUUGUUUCACGUGCCAGGAAAGAGACUGCCAGGAGAAAUAACUGGACUCCUGUGAAGACUGAGGAUAUCUGAACUCCAGAUUGUCUUGCAAUGUAUUGGUUAGUACCCAAAAUCUAGCUAUUAUGUACUUAAAAUGUGCAAAUACGUAUCAAGGUUAAGUAUUGUGAAGGAUGCUCUCCCUACUCGUUGGAUGCCCAAGCUAGGGAGCUGGGAUAAUUUUGUACGACCUUAUAUAACUUAAAUCAUUGUACAUAAUUUUCCUUGUGUAAUCUAUACAUUAUGUAAAGGUAUUCAUACGGUUGAAACUC